ACUACAACCACCACCACGCCCUUUCAUUUCUUCUGUCUUAAAGUCAUGUCCUACCUCAGCGGGGCGAUAGAUUCUCACAUCGAGAUGAUGGAUCCCGCACAACGCAGAGAAUACGACCAACUUUUUAACGAAACCGUACACCUCGAACGCGAGCUCAAGCGUAAAAUAGAACUCGCCUUGUCCUACCAACUCAUCCAGAUCAUGCGAUCCGCCCAAGACGAAAUAUCCAGGUCAAAAACCUAUCGACAGAGGCGAUCUCUUCUUCGCCAACUGGCGGCAACACUCGGAGACUUCAGGCCAGGAAUACGGGAAACGUUUGGUGAAGACUCUGGCAUACAGACUUCUGCUUCUGGAAGAACAACUGCUCCUUCAUCAGUAAUUAUGCUCCCUGCUGUGUCCUUGACUUGCCAACCUUUAGUUGAACUAGGCUGACUGACGUGCUGAUCUUUCAACUGCUCUCGUCCACGUUCUUCUGGCUUGGGAUCCUCUCUCCGUUUCUGUUGUGGUCUCUACCUUGGGCAAAG